AUUCUUUUAUAGCUUAUACUUUUAUUCAAUUAUUCUGGGUAUUGAAGAUUUGAAGUAUUGAACUAUUGAAAUUUUGAAAUGUGAUGGUUUAUUGUCUUAUUGAAAUCUCUGAUUAUUGAAAUCUGUUGGUUAAUUGGUUUAUUACUUGUUUUUUCUUCUGUUUUUGUGAAUUUAUUGAAAUAAUGAAAUGUAUAGUUAAUUUUGUGAACUUUUGAUUGCAUUUUUUUUCUCCUGUUUUUGUGAAUUUAUUGAAAUGUAUAGUUGAAUUAGAAAUUUAGAAUUUUGGUUUUAUUAUUAUGUAAUGAUGGGGAAUUGUGGACUGUGGAAAUUGAUAUAUAUUUUUCAAUUUAAUUGGGAAAUAUCAAAAGAUUCACCUAAUUCAAACAAAUCCAAGGCAACUAGUAAACAACCUGAUAUUCGACAAUUCUUGUUUAAAAGACCGAAACUCAAUGAAAAUGAGUCAAAUUUUAAUAUUAGGUAUUAACCAAUUUGUGUGUUUGAGUUUUUUUUUUUUUUUUUUUUUUUUUUUUUUGGUUAAGCUUUUUGUCAAGUUAAAGCUUUUUGUCCCCCCGCCACUGUCAAAAUGGAAUUGUAAUAUUUGGGGAUCGAUGGAGUAUAUGAUUAAUAUUAUUAACACCGUCUCAAUUGUUUUCGUGAGUUAGAAUGCUUAGGGAAACUGUCUAUGAUUCCGAAGAGAAGUAUAGAGAAUUUGAUGCACUAAAAUGAGAAAGUUUGAUAUCCCAAUUCACCAAAUAUGGAGUUUAAGAGGAUUAAUAGAUUUCAAAUGAAGUGUAACAAUCUUUUUAACUUUUGAAUUGAUGAAUCGAUUCUACUUUACUAGAGCUUAAAAUAAAUUUCACUUCCAACAACAUAAAUGGCUUACGGGGUUGUUGUGGGGUCUAUGGGAACACCCCAAUUGAUAUUCUUACCGAGUCCGGAAAAGUAAAACUUUUGCCCAUACUGAAGGAUAUAUAAUUCACACUUUUGGACAAAUUUCGUAGGUUUCCAAAUUCGAUGUUGAAAAAGUUCAAGAUUGUAAGGAAUGCAUCAUAAAUUCAUGGGGGUCAUAUAAUAUUGUUUGGAACUAUCUAUGAUCAUUAGCUAGUCAUGUAAAUGAUCGUGGUGACCUUGAACUGAUUAAGGAGCUCAUGUAAAUAAAUGGCUGAAUUAAUGGUGUAAAGGCAAAAUGAAUGGUUUCUAGUCUUCCAACCACCCAAAUGCCCUCCCAAUGUAUCGUGGGGUCUAUAUAUAGGAAGAACCCCAUUACUUUUCUUUUAAGGUAGAAAAGUCCAAAAUUGUCCAGAAGCAAAUGUAAUAACUCAAUAAGUUAUAACAAAUCCAAAUUUGGAGGUUUCAACUUAGUGUCAAAAAUCCUCGAGAUUGUAUGUAUGGGAUGCAUCUUACUUUUUUUUUUUUUAAAAAAAAAAAUUAAAUACGGUAAGAUAUGGGAGUGUCCUUCCUAUCAAACCCUGGUCAUACCAGGGAGAUGGAGGAACUAACCAUCCCUCCACUCCUCAUCCUCUGCAUCUUACUAUCUUAGGUUCAUGCGCGUAUAAUGUUGUUUGAAACCUAGUAAGUCAUAUAAAAUCUUGUGAUGGUCUUUAGUUAAUGAAGGGAGGUGUUAAUGGGUAAAUUGGUAAUUUAAAGAUAAAUGGAUGGUAAAUGCGCAAUUUAAAAUUAUAAAUACCCAAAGGGCGUUGCAAUUUCCGAGUGUAAUUCUUCUUUUUUGCUUUCUCUCUUCUGCACCGGCGCACCGUCGCCCACCUCGCCUCAACACCGUCUCCGUCAAUUUCCGGUCGGAAAGAUCAUCCAGUCGCCGCCUUCCAUCACCAAUUGCCGCUGAGGGAAAAGAGAGAAUUUUGGACAUUUGCUGCCUGAUCUUUAAUAAGAAGAGAGUGUAGAACUACUACGAAGAAAUCAUGAGUGGAGGAGGUGCAGGAGGUUCCUUCAAACAGAAAGUGGAAUCUUCAAGUAAAUCUGAUACUUCUUUCAAGCGUAAGCGAGGUGUUUUCCAGAAAGAAUUGCAGCACAUGAUGUAUGGUUAUGGAGAUGAUCAGAAUCCACUUCCGGAGUCUGUGGCCCUUGUCGAGGACAUUGUCGUGGAGUAUGUUACAGAUCUGGCCCACAAGGCCCAAGAUGUGGCUUCAAAGAGAGGGAGGCUGAUGAUAGAAGACUUUCUGUUUAUCAUUCGUAAGGACUUCCCAAAAUUGAAUCGUGCCACAGAACUACUUGCUAUGAACGAGGAGCUCAAACAAGCUAGGAAGGCUUUUGAUAUGGAUGAAGAAAAGCUGGUUUCAGGUGACUGAUGCACAUGGGCUCCCUGUUAUGGAUUUGAAAACUUCCAAAGCUUUAUGACAGAAAGAAGAGUUGAGGAAAAUUAGUAAAAACUGACAAAUCGAAGCACACUAUGAAAUAGAAUGAACGAGCUUAAUUACAAGUUACUUGUAAAACCCAGUCAGUUUACACUCCAUUUGUAGAUUCUAAUAAUAACUGUGAAGCAUGCUAAAUACUGGAGGUUCAUUUAUUUAAUCUAUCUGAUCUCAUACUGUAUUUACAGUGUAGGCCUGGUGUCGAUUUCAUAAUUCUGCUAGGUUUCAGCAUGGAGAUUAGAACAAAUUA